AUUGUGAGCAGUGUGUGAAACUUAAGACUUUUAGCCUGCAGGGUGGAUGGAUCUGUCUCUGCCCCAAGAGGCUCACCAGAAACAUUCCCUGAGUUAUGGAUGAGCAUUGCCUUACAAAGCCAAUCCUACAGACUGCCUUCCUUCUGGAGACUGUUCCAGUCUCAGUGCUGGCUCCUCAGUUUGUACAGUUUUCUCCUAAUUCCAUCAAGGUCUUGGUCUUUGUUUCAUCUCUGGAGGAAGAUGGAGGAAAUCCAUGCAUGAAAAAUCUACCAAGGGAUAUUCAACAAAAAAGACAACUGACUUGAAGUCCCUGAGCCAGAAAUUUCUGGAGCUGUAGGCUUGAUCUGAAGUCCACAGAAGCAAAAGGAUAAACCCUUAUCAGCUCUGGCCCAGCCCUUCACUCAGCACGUUCCCUGGCCAGUAGAGUCACUUAGGCUGAAAGAGGCAUACUAUUACAAGAUCUUCAAGGGACAAAGACUAAUUAAGGAUAAUCUUGUAAAAAAUGUUACCUUUUUUGGACACAUUUAACAUGGGAAAUACUGCUCUCUAUUGCCACCUUGAGUCUCUGACUGCCUUCAACAGAAAAAAAAAAUGGGGCGUAACACAGAGAGAGACAAAGGGAAAAUGGAUUUCCAGUCCUGAUGACCAGAGCCCUCUCCAGUCAUCAGAUUUCCUUAGGGAGAGUUCCUGCAGAUCCCUAGCAAGCUGGCCCACCACUGCCAUCUCCAGGUGCUGCACUGGCCACAGUGAGAACAUGACCAUGAGGAAUGGGUGCAUGAGAAUUUUCACCUUCUAAAAUGGAGAUUUGUGAUCCAGUGACUUCAACCUUUCCCUUUCAGGCUCAUCUCUUGUUGUAUUUGACUUGAAUCACAUGGAGGAGAAAGGCUAAGGACCAGCAGCAGAUGCAGGAACAUUACUUAAUAAAUUGCUAAUACAUCCUCAUUAACAAAGAAGCCCUUCCAGAGUGGAUAUUAAGACAAAGAGCUUUUGGCAUUUGUGCAGACUUAAGGGAACAUCUGUGUUUGUGAUGGCAGAAGAUUCAUUGUGUGAUAAUAGAAACAGAGCCUCAAAGAAAAAUCAUUUUGCUGAUAAAAAAAAAUUCUUGCCGAUAAACCAUUGUGCUGCUUGUUCUGCCCAUCGUGAGCCUGGUCUACACUGUAUCUAGAGAUAAUCAGCUGGAUUUGUUUUCCAGCCUAAGGAUAUUGUGUAUCUUCAUUAUGCACUCUCUACUCGGGGUUUGCAGACUUUACCAAGUAAUGUGACCCAGAACACCCACAACUUCUAUGAUGGAGAAAAGCAUGGGAAAUUCAGCUGCCCUGGUCCCAGCAGAGCUUGGAGCAGUGUAUUCUAUCCUGGCCAGUAUCACAGAGAUGCUGAUGGAAAGGUGGUGUUGGUGCUGACUAUAGGAAGGGUGUUAGGGGACUCUCCACCACGAAAAUGUGGCUGCUGGCGUGUACAGUAUGUCAGUUGCCCAAUAGUUAAUCUUGGAUUAAAUAAGUGGGUGGAUUACUUUUUGAAUAGAUGGAAACUGAGUCAAAGCCACUGGUACUGCAUUUGGUUGAGACGUUCAAAACUGAAAACUGGUGUUUUGCUUUCAGUUUUAUUAUGCAAUUGAAAUACUUGGAGUGAAUUAGGAAGUUCAUGCCUAUGUGAUUCCAGUGAGUACAUCAUUCCUGUGAAAUGCAGAAGUGUUAUCCUUAUUUAAGGAGGGGAAAUGAGGCAUAAAAGGGCAAAGAUUUGCCCCAGGACAUACAGAAAGAGAGAAAGAUAAAAUAACCAUUUAAUACAGGGUCCUCAAGCUGGCAGCACCAGUCCAUUUGUUGUUUGUUAAAGUGAUUCUCUGUGUUAAAUAUACUUCUGGUAUGUUUUGUAAUAAAAUUAGUUAAGUAGUAGAGCUGAAGAAACAGGGGGAAAAGAACAUUAGGAGGUGAUAUUUUCCAGGGGUUUAGGUCUAGGAAUAACCAUUAUUAUAACAUAUCAAUAAUCUAGUCAGUGCUUAUUGUAAAUGUUAAAGGUGGUACAACAAUUAAUGGAAUUGAGCAUGAUUAAGAUACUGCAUCUACCAAGAAAAAGCAAAUUGCUUGGUAAUCAGUACUUGUCUAAAUAAAAGGUAUUUUGAUAUCUCCAAGAGACAAGCCAGUAAAUUAAGAUAAAAGGAAUGAAAGCAAUGGCCGGCCUUGGACCCAGGAAAGCAACAGUGUCCUGUUCUGUCAGGGCUGUCCUCCGGGAGAGGAUCUGGAAGUCUGUUAGGAGAAUGAUAUUGCACUUUACUCUGUUAGUAAAGGCCAAAAGGUAAACCAUUUUGCUAAGCAAGAACCUUUUCUCAAGCACAUGAAGCAGAGAUGUCAACAGUACAUCCAGGGCAAUCACUGGGAACAUCACCCAGAGCAGGCCAGUGGGAUGGUGCUUUGAGGGAAUGCCUCACCCACAACAAGGAAUUAAGGGCUGUGAAUUAAGGGCUGCAGCUGGACCACCUUUGAACUCAGCUCCCCAUGUUGAUCUGGGCACCUGGCUUUGAGGCACCGAGGCAGGGCUGCUGCAUGCUGUGGCUUUAAGGCACUGCCAGACAGCAGGUCCUCUCCAGGCUGGAGCACCAGGCAAUGAUCCUCUGCUCCGCAGGGCUCGCAGCACUCGCUGCUCUCUGCUUAAUAACAUUUGGCUGCUUAUGAGACAUCUGACCUCAGCUCAAAGCUGCCUUCCAGCGCGGCAGAGUUCCACCUGGUGCGGGCGGCAGCUGCCACCAUGGCAGCAGUGACAGGCUCCCCUGCCGCAAAAUCUGCCAAGUCCGGCAAAAAGCACCGCACGGCGAAGCGUCACGCCGGCAUCUACACCUACCAGGAGCCACCCCACAGCAACUCAGAUGACGAUAUCGGUGAAGAAAAGGCUGAGAGCCAUGACCCAGAGCAGAUCUUCCAGAACAUCCAGUACCAGAAGGAGAUUAUGUCCAACAUCCGCUGCCGGCCGUGGCCGAUGAGGCAGAAGCUGAGGGCGCUCAGGCAGGCGAAGGAGAUCGUGCUGAAGUACGAAGGGAGGCUCACUAGAACCAGAGGUUACCAAGCUGCUGGUGCAGAGCUUUGGAGGAAGUUUAUUCGACUUGCAUAUAAUUUUGUGGUAAUCUUUAUUCCUUGGGAAAUGAGAAUAAAGAAAAUUGAGAGUCAUUUUGGGUCUGGAGUUGCCUCUUACUUCAUUUUCUUGAGAUGGCUGUUUGGAAUCAAUAUUGUACUUACCAUAAUGACAGGAGCAUUUGUAGUCUUACCAGAGCUACUGGCCGGAGCACCGUUCGGCAGCACCGUCAGCAAGACCAUCCCCAAGGAGCACAUUGAAUCUGCUCAAGACCUGGACACCAUCUGGUCACUGGGGGGCUACCUCCAGUACUCUGUUUUGUUUUAUGGCUACUACGGUCGUGACAGGAAGAUUGGGAAAGCUGGAUACAGGCUGCCUCUUGCCUACUUCCUUGUUGGAAUGGCAGUGUUUGCUUACAGCUUCAUCAUUCUUCUCAAAAAAAUGGCAAAGAACUCAAGAAUGAGUUUAGCAAGUGCCUCUGAUGAAAAUUACACUUUCUGUUGGAGAUUGUUCUGUGCUUGGGACUAUUUGAUAGGAAACCCUGAGGCUGCAGAAAGCAAAACUGCUGCCAUAGUCAACAGCAUUAGGGAAGCUAUACUGGAAGAGCAGGAAAAGAAGAAAAGCAAAAACUUGGCAGUGACUAUAACCUUAAGAAUUAUUGCAAACAUCCUUGUGCUUCUCUCACUUGCUGGAAGUAUUUACAUCAUCUACUUCGUCGUGGAUCGAUCCCAAAAGUUAGAGCGCAUCAAAAAGGAAUUGACUCUAUGGGAAAAAAAUGAGGUAAGCGUGGUUGUGUCACUGAUCACAAUGAUUGCACCCUCUGCUUUUGAACUUGUGGCAGCUCUGGAGAUGUAUCAUCCAAGGACCACUCUUCGCUUCCAGCUUGCCAGGGUUCUUGUUCUAUACCUGGGAAACCUCUACAGUUUAAUCAUUGCACUCCUGGAUAAAGUGGACAGUAUGAGUGUCACUGUCUCCAGCGUUAACAGCAAUGCAAGUAAUUCUACCACCUCCUUAGCAACCAAAACUCUUUCUAAAGACGACAAUUUAACUAUUCCUAAUGUACAAAUUAAGAGAAGCGGCAUUGUCACACUGGAAGAGCAUCGCACUCAAGACUUGAUGGUCUCUGAAUCACUGGUUAACAAAACAAGUUCCUUUAACACCCAGAACCCACAGGAUCAGUGCUGGGAGACGUAUGUUGGUCAAGAGAUGCUAAAGCUUUCAAUUAUCGACAUGAUUUUCACAGUCGCAAGCAUCCUGCUAAUUGAUUUUUUCCGUGGACUGUGUGUCCGAUAUUUAAGUGACUGCUGGUGCUGGGAUCUAGAAAGCAAGUUUCCAGAAUAUGGAGAAUUCAAAAUUGCAGAGAAUGUAUUGCAUUUGGUCUACAACCAAGGAAUGAUCUGGAUGGGAGCUUUCUUUUCACCUUGCUUACCAGCAUUCAAUGUUCUCAAGUUGAUUGGACUCAUGUAUCUCAGGAGCUGGGCUGUGCUAACGUGCAAUGUACCACAUCAGCAGGUUUUCAGAGCAUCUCGGUCCAAUAAUUUCUACUUGGCCAUGUUGCUGUUUAUGUUGUUCUUAUGCAUGUUACCAACAAUUUUUGCUAUUGCCCGCUAUAAGCCAUCUUUAAGCUGUGGUCCCUUCAGUGGUCAAGAAAAAAUAUAUGAUAUCGUUUCUGAAACAAUUCAAAAUGAUUUUCCCACGUGGUUCAACACAGUGAUUACUUACAUCAGCAGUCCUGUGGUUGUCCUCCCUGCACUACUACUUUUAUUCAUGCUAAUCUACUACCUACAAAGUAUUGCAAGAUCAUUAAAAUUCACCAACAAUCAACUGAGAAUGAAGAUCCAAGCAGAAAGAACUGAGGAUAAGAAAAAGGUGGUUCAGAUGGCAGUAGCCAGAAUCCAAAAUCUGGAUAUUAAUGACAAGAGACCAGACCAAGACAAUGAUAUUGGCCAGGAGUCUUCUGUUCGGUCCUCAACUCCCCGAAAGAAUGGCAGUGUCUUGAACUUUGAAUCUCCUGCGAGCAAAGGCACCAGAAUACAAACCAUUUCCCAGUCCGUGCCCCAAACCGUGCCCUCAACUGAUGUUGCAAGACCUGUCAACGCAACUCCCACAACUUCAACCUCUUUAACGCCAGCUCCCUCCAUAACAAGUGUACAGAAACCAAGAAAUGAUCAUAUCCCAAACAGAUACCCAGGUGUUGUGCAUAGGAGCACAAGUGAGCUCUGCAAAACAAAGUCCUGCACACCAGUGACUUUCAAAAAGCACACUGAAGAUAUUCAUUCUGAGCCUCUCUUCAGAAAAGCCAUUCGGCAGGUAAAUCCGGAUGCCCUUGGGGCAGGGGCUCCUGUUUUUGUGGAAUGCAGACCAUAUGCUACCAGGUAUUUUCUGGUUAAUGAAAAUGAGCCCCGCAAAAAAUCGCUCCGUUCUACCUCCCGACUCCAAAGGCAUUUCAGAAAGGAGGAAUCAGGAGACAUUAUUGAGUUGUAUCCACGCCAUGUCAGAAGAUACGUGGUUCGAACACCACACGAGAUGUAUUCCUCUCAUCCCAGUGAAGAUGACGAGGAUGAGGAAGAACUUGGGAGACAAUUAAUGAGCAGAUCUCACCGCCCUCGCUCUCUGUCUGAUCUUCGCCCAGCACCACAGUUUUACAUCGGGGAACAUGCUGCCAGAGUGCAUUGCAAAUCCUGGGAUGAUGGUUUUGAGCUGGACCUGGACAGGCCUCCAUAUGCUUACAAAAAAGUACACCUGAACUAUCCUGAGCCCCGUGUGAAACCAAAAUCAAAGCAAAAACAGGAGCAAUCUCUAACAGAAUCUGAUUCCAUUUCCAUUGAAUCCAGCAGUGAUCCACAGAACAGCAGCAAUGACCAGUACAUCCAGGUCAUUCACAGCAAGGACAAGUAUCCAAAACCUGGGACAAAACUCACCAAAAAGAAAUCAAAAAACAGUGUUGAUCUAAGUAUGCCUGAGCCUAAUGAACUGAUAUGCUCAAAUGUCUGAGAAAGUGCCUCAACCUUUUUGUGUUUUCAACAGGUAUAUGUGCAUUUAUUGAAUUUUCUCUUUGAGGUCUACCAGAGUAAUUGUGACAAUUAGUAGUCUUUGUAACAACCUGUAUGCAGCCACUCGAGGUGGAAAAAGCAUAGUUAGCCUUGUGUUUUACUGUACCUUGCUUUAAUAUCUCAACUGACAUAUUGCAAAUUUUGUAAGAGAAAAAUAUUCCAAGUUGUUCCUUACUGUUAUGCUGUUAAAAAAGCAAAAUAUCCACUUACUGGAAAAUCA